UGAAACACUAUUUAAAACUCGCAGAAGAAAGUAAAAGUCCGACAAGAGAACGAGACAACACCCAGGAGCUAAGCAGCGAAGAGGAGUCAGGAACCCAACUCGCACAUCAGCAGUUGAGGGAAGCCACACCAACGGACGGACGAAAACCUUCUUCACGACAACUAGUUCGAAGCCAACGUAAAACGUUUCAGAUUCGAAUCAUGGGAAGGAGAGAGGAAACCUGUAAAAUGCAUUGCGCCGUGGUCUUGCGUCUCCUACUAAUUUUUCUCCCUGCCAUGGUGUGCGGACAAGGAUGCGCUCCUAAGAACUACGGCACAAACAAGGUUGUCUGUGUGUGUAACGCCACGUACUGUGAUAAUCUACACCCGCCAGAAGAACUUCUUCAGCCCGGAUAUUAUCUCCAAUACACCUCAACACAGACCGGAAAACGUCUAGUACCUAUAUCAAUGCAAAUGUCGAAGAAAGCUCCCUCUACUGGCGACGUGUGGAAAGUGACGAGUUCAAAGCAGUACCAAGAAAUAAUUGGCUUCGGCGCAGCGAUAACUGAUUCUGUGGGUAUCAACAUUGGCUCACUAGAAAAGGAUGUCAGAGAAUCUCUACUCAACCAAUACUACGGCCCAGAAGGCAUCGGUUACACAUUGGUUCGAGUCCCGUUAGGUGGAACUGAUUUCUCAACUAGGUUCUACACUUACGAUGACGGCACUGCUGACCCUACACUGUCUCGCUUUAAGCUAGCGGAUGAAGAUUAUAAAUACAAGCUCCCUUAUCUGAAAUACAUCAAACAGCUGUCUAACCCCAGGGUGGUAACUGUUCCUUGGUCACCACCGGAGUGGAUGAUAGAAGGAAGAAAUGGCACUGAGGGGUUUACACGACUCAAGGACAUUUAUUACCAGGUGUACGCUGAAUAUUUUGUCAAUUUCUUGAAUGCCUACCAGAAGGAAGGCAUAAAUUUUUGGGGUCUGACCCUUCAAAAUGAGCCCGGAAACGGAUACUACGUUUACUUCGGUAUUAACAGCUGCGGGUAUUCCCCCGAAGAACAGCGUAACUUCAUCGCCAAUAACUUGGGCCCCACACUUCAGAAAAACAACUUUGGCAACAUUGUCAUCAUGGCUGGUGACGACCAGAGAACAUUUCUUCCCGAAUCUGCUCAAGUGGUACUGGACAACCCGGCGGCUUCUAAAUUCGUCAGCGGCACGGCCGUCCAUUGGUACUUCGACGACCAGUACCCGGCGUCUCGUCUUACGAAACUCCACGAUUUGUUUCCAGACAAAUUCAUCCUGUACACCGAGGCCUCCUUCAUUCCAGACUCGGGUUCGCCAGCUGUCCUUUUCGGAGACUGGGGACGAGCAGAAAGGUUAUCGAAGGACAUACUCGAUGUACUGAACCACUGGGUGACCGGCUGGAUCGACUGGAACCUUGCACUCAACACCAUCGGAGGACCAACUUACCUGAACAACAAUCUGGACUCUCCCAUUAUUGUGAACUCUACUGCCAACGAGUUCUACAAACAACCCAUUUUCUAUUCACUGGCCCAUCUGUCCAAAUUCGUGCCUCCCGGAUCAAAGCGCAUCCAACUAAAUUCUACAGCUGAAAGUGGAGUCGACAACGUGGCUUUCCUCAGACCCGACAACAUUGUGGCAGUCGUGCUUCUCAACAGUAAGGACGACGCCAAAAAGAUUUCUCUGCAGACAGACGCAGGCUCGUACAUCUCGAUCACAGUAGCUGCACACUCGUUAAAUACAAUCAUCUACAACAAAACCUAGUCGAAGAGGCAGCAUGCAAGUUCCUACGGCUACUUGACUUGAUCAUGAAGACAAAUGCAUAUCGAUCUGUAACUUUUUGAAACAACCGCCUGGUAUCGAAACCAACGAAUAAAACAUAUCAACAUAAAGAAAGUGAACGCUUGGCGGAUAACUCAGAUGAAAUGUGUUAUUGUGAAAUUAACAGCUAAUAUAAAUAAAACAAUAAGCAAAUCAAUUAUAAAUAUUUAUGUAGACAUUAUGAAAAUAAGGGGAAAAUAAACUCGGGAAUAAACAAAAUGCACUCAA